UGGGAACGGCCCUCGGACCUCAGCCGGACCCCAGCGGCAGCUCGCCGCGGACCCGGGGCCGAGGGGGACAGCUCGACGGGGGAGGAGACGCCGGCCCCGUAACGGCUUCAACCGCCUCGGGCCAAGCCCUGCAAACUCGUCAGCCACCCGAAGACUCCCGCACUCACUGGAAAGUGGGGCCGGGUCCCGGUCCUGGUCCCGGCCCGGCCCCCGGAAUUCGGCGGGUCUCCCAGGGCUUGGGGGGCGGCGGCGGCUGGGACGCCAUCUCUCCGCCUCGGUUCAGCUACCGCUGGGCAUCUGGACUGCGAGGGCCGAGGUGGUGGAGCGCCUAGCUUUCCAGGCCGAACCAACAGAACACCGAACCCUACACCCUGGUCCCUCCUGGCGAGUCAGGCCAAGGGCCGUGCUGCCGUGCUAGCUGGGACCCAGAGACCGGACAGUACCUCUGAUACACAGAAGGAAACGCUCCUUUUAAAAAUUGACAUAGAAAGUGCAUAUUCUAAAUUUGAGGCUAAGGUAUUAUCGAUGUUUCUGGCAGCGGCUCAUAUGCCCUAGGCUUCAAAUUCCACGGAAGGGAGAACCUCGGCAGACCCCGCGGGGCGGGGCGGGGUGUGGGGGGGAAGUAAAGCCCCUUGCAUUCUUGGACCUGAGGGGUAGCUGGAGUUUGAGCCUACAAGCCCCGUGGCUUAGCACAUGUUCUCUUUAAAUAGCAAGGGCAUAUUCGCUGCGUUUUCGCUAGAAGGGCCUGGUACUUUCGUUCUAAAGCUUUCGUUUCCUUGGGGAACAAAAUUCUAGGUGCAAUAGGUACGCUGUCUUCAGUCUUCCCCGUUCCCUCCGAGGGCUGGAAGGGGUUAAAUCUUCAGCUCCAGCAUCUUGCAAGAAGUUGCAGUUAUUCAGUAUGUUUCCAUUGAUUGAUGAAAACAAGCAUGUAGCCCAGUUGUUGCUCAAUUCUGGCACCUGUCCAAGGUGUAUCUUCAGAUUCUGUGGUGUGGAUCUUCAUGCACCUUACAAACUUCCAUCCCAGGAAUUGCUGAGUGAUAUGCAGAAAUACCUGAAGACUGAAAAAGAUGAAUUAGUUUUGGAAGUUCCAAACCCACCUUCCAAGAAAAUUCGGCUGCAAGAAUUGGAAAAUGGGAUUGAUAAUCUGAGCCAAAAUGGAGAGGACAGGCUCUGUGUUACUGAUGAUGGAAGCAUUGCUUCCAGGAACUCAAAUUUGAGUGUAUGCAAUGUUUGCUUAGGAAUUCUUCAAGAGUUCUGUGAGAAAGAGUUCAUUAAAAAGGUAUGCCAAAAGGUUGAGGCCUCUGGGUUUGAAUUUACCAACUUGGUUCUUUCAGUCUCCUUCCCACCACAGCUAUCUGUAAGAGAGCAUGCUGCAUGGUUGCUGGUCAAACAGGAAAUGGGAAAACAGAGCCUGUUGCUGGGAAGAAAUGAUAUAGUUCAGCUAAAAGAAGCCUACAAAUGGAUAACUCACCCCUUGUUUUCAGAGGAACUGGGUGUUCCCGUGGAUGGAAAGAGCUUGUUUGAAGUGAGUGUGGUCUUUGCUCACCCAGAAACAGUUGAGGAUUGCCACUUCCUAAAUAAAGUCUGUCCAGAUUGUUUCAAGCCAGCUAAAAACAAACAGUCUGUAUUCACUAGAAUGGCAGUUAUGAAAGCUUUGAAUAAGAUAAAAGAAGAGGAUUUCCUCAAGCAAUUUCCUUGUCUUCCAAACUCACCAAAGACUGUUUGCACUGUGCUUGAAAUUGAAUGUGCUCAUGGUGCUGUUUUUGUCGCUGGGAGAUAUAAUAAAUACUCCAGAAAUCUGCCACAAACUCCUUGGAUAAUUGAUGGAGAAAGAAAGUUGGAAUCUUCAGUGGAAGAGUUAAUUUCAGAUCAUCUGUUGACAGUAUUCAAAGCUGAGAGUUUUAAUUUCUCAUCCUCUGGAAGAGAAGAUGUAGAUGUGAGAACAUUAGGAAAUGGACGGCCCUUUGCAGUUGAGUUGGUGAAUCCUCACAGAGUACACUUCACUUCACAAGAAAUCAAGGAACUUCAGCAGAAAAUUAAUGAGUCAUCCGACAAAAUCCAAGUGCGUGAUUUGCAGCUUGUUACAAGAGAGGCAAUAGGGCAUAUGAAGGAAGGUGAAGAAGGAAAGACCAAGACCUAUAGUGCCUUAAUAUGGACAAACAGCGCAAUACUGAAGGAAGACAUUGAAUUCCUAAAUAAUAUGAAGGACUUAAAAAUCGAUCAGAAAACACCUCUACGGGUCCUUCACCGAAGGCCUUUGGCUGUGAGAACUCGUGUUAUUCAUACCAUGGAGACGCACUACCUUGACGAGCAUCAUUUUCGCCUCCAUCUGAAGACACAAGCUGGAACCUACAUUAAAGAGUUUGUACAUGGAGACUUUGGAAGAACCAAGCCAAACAUUGGAUCCUUGAUGAACAUAACUGCAGACAUUCUUGAGCUAGAUGUGGAGUCCGUAGAUGUUGACUGGCCACCUGCUCUGGAUGACUAGCUUUCACAUCUCGAGACCAAGGCUGAUAAUGUGGACAUUCAUGCAGCAUAUCCUGGAAAUGGCUACUUAACUGCCAUGACGGUGUCUUAGGAACCAUUUGGAUCAUGUUGAUCUGUUUUAAAAAUGUAUUGUAACAUCUCAGGAUCUAGUUGUGUGCAUAUUUUAUGUUCAGUUGUUCCAAGGAUGUCUUAUGACUUUUUUUUCAUUUCCUCUUCACCCUCACAAACCAAAUUCUGAACAAUAAAACCAUUGUCUGUCUUAA